AUUGCUCAUAAGUCCCUUCCACAGUUCCACUUCCCCCUUCAGCCGGUCAAUCGUCAGAAGAGAAGCAUCGCUUCUGAGAGCGGAGAGCUGAAUCCUUCUCUUCUGCGCCAUGGCCUCGUCCUCGAAGAGCUUCAACCCCAACAAGCACCUGAAGGAAGAAUUUGUACGCGACUUGGGCGGAUCGUCAAUGCUUGAGAUCUCCGCCCUUUUGACGAUAGCAUGUGUUAUCGCGCUAUUGCGAUACUCGAUCAGUUUGUAUCGACCAAAAGGAGCCGGGGACGAGGAUGUUUCAUCAAAGAAAGGGCAUGCAUCAAGCCGCUCUUCUAGAAACUUGGGGGCUCACAUUGCAACCCUAACAGCUGAUUUUUUCUUGAUAAUUCUACCGGUCCUGUUAUGUUUCACUAUUCUAUCUGAAUGGACUUAUUUAUUGUUAGUCCUGCUGAUAUUGUUACUGGGAAUUACUAUGGCCUGUAAAAGAUUUGGUUCUUCUCUCCCUGUGGAAAUGAGCCCCAAUUCCUUGAGAGCAGAUAUCUCUUUAUACCGGGUUGCUACCAUGAUUAUAACAUGCUUGUCUAUAUUGGCUGUGGAUUUCAGAAUCUUUCCGAGAAGAUAUGCUAAAACUGAGACUUAUGGUACUGGUUUGAUGGAUCUUGGGGUUGGAUCAUUUAUAAUGACCAAUGCUCUGGUGUCGCGACAGGCGCGGAAUAUCUCAUCUGUGAAUCUGAAGGCUGCACUUAGAACUACCAAUCCACUUAUUCUUCUAGGGUUUGGACGCCUCAUCACUACGUCUGGUGUAGAUUAUCAGGUUCAUGUUGGGGAAUAUGGCAUGCAUUGGAAUUUCUUUUUCACGUUAGCUGCUGUCUCAAUACUCACUUCUUUAACGAAUAUCCCACCACAAUAUUGUGGCGCUCUUGGUAUUUCCAUUCUAAUAGCCUAUCAAAGUUGCCUGCUCCAGGGUCUGAACGUGUAUCUUCUUUCCAGUGAAAGGGGAACUGAUAUUAUUAGCCAAAACAAAGAGGGAAUAUUCAGCAUCUUUGGAUAUUGGGGGAUGUACCUUAUUGGUGUUCAGUUAGGCCACUAUCUUUUCUUUGGAAGUAAUUCGUCUGGUACCCUUAGAAGCAAACAAUGGACAAGGAGCAGAUUGUGGAUUCUCACCCUUCUGUUCUGGCUAUUAACUGUGGUUAUCGAUAAGCAUGUUGAGAGAGCUUCUCGUAGAAUGUGCAACUUGGCUUACGUUACUUUUGUUCUGGCUCAAAAUCUGCAGGUAUUAGCAAUAUUUUCGCUUUCGGAUUUUGUUGCUGGAAGUCAGAGUUCAGCUCUUCAAGAUGCAUUUAACCGAAAUCUACUCGGUUCAUUUCUUUUGGCGAAUAUCCUAACCGGGGUGGUUAAUUUGCUUGUGGACACAAUAUUUGUAUCAUCACUCACCGCCCUGUCCAUCUUGUCUCUAUAUGCUUAUACAUUGGCCAUUGUUUCCGGAAUAUUAGAUUUUUAUGGCAUUAGGUUGAAAUUUUGGUAGAAAGUUGUAUCCUUUGCUUCUAAACGGAUAUACAUUUAAUUUUGAAUUUUUUAUAGUGUGGAAAAAGCUUUUUCAUGACGUCGUUUGAUAAUACUGUAGCAAUUUUCAGUAUAUUGAAGUUUGAUUUGAGAAGUUAUGCGGUCAGGCUGCAAUAUCUCGGGCAACUUUGAUUGCCAGAGCUGAGAUAUUUUGUUUCAUAUGCCGAAAAGUAAAGGAGCUCCACGACCUGAUCUCAUCCCACAUCCAUACAGAAUUGCAGGAAUGAACAAUUAUCUUCUUUGAUCAUAGGGAAACUCAGGGGGAAAGAGUGCGAUAAAUUCCAGGAAUCGAUCGUCAGGCUCGCUGGUCCCAAGGGAGCGGAAGGUAUGAGGACACGUAUGGAGUGCAACACAUGGAGGAGCACAUGCGGAUAAGUGCCAUGUAUAUGUAUGUCCACCAGCGUUCUAUGAAGAAAUUAACCAGGGUGGGUGGGUGGAAUCUAAUACCAGCUGAGCAACUGCUGGAUUAGCACUGGGCUAGGCAUCACAUAAACUGUCAUUUUCAUCCUAAUGUUACAUUGGAUUCGUCUGGCUAUCGGACAAAGUCGAUAAGUCAAUCACAAUGCAGAAAUCAUGUACCCAGCUCAAAACCUCUUGGCGGGAUAUCUGCGUUAUCUCAAUUGUUUUCAUCAAAGAUAGAUUUGGAUAAUGGAAUGCUAGUGCUGUUGGGGAUUGCAUUGUGGGGAUGGUACUUGGUUAUACUUGGGUGGCUAGUCGGGUAGGAGGAGGAGGAGUUACGGCAGAGCAGAAAAUGUGGAUGGAGAGAGAGGAAUGAAUGAUUGACGCUGCUGCUGCUGUUAAAAUGUAGUUAUCGAAGAGAAGAAGCUGAGGAUGGAUGGGGUCACAUGGGGGGGGGGUGGUGUGGAGUGGAGAAGGGCAGUGGGGGACUGCCCCUGCAAAUGCAAAGACCUCUGACAGGUUGGACCAUGGAAUGGUCCAAAUCCUAUAAUGUCUUCUUCUCUUUUACUUGGCUCUUUUUUUUUUUUUUUUUGUUUCAUUUCUUCUUUUUUUUUUUUGGUUUAAUUUUAACUUGCUGUUUUUUGCCAAGGUAUUUUACUUUAUUGCCCUUCAUUUUCUUCCCUUCAUGAGCUAUCCUAAUCCCUUCCCUUUCCUAGAUAUAAGAUUUAAGGUAACAAAGUCCCAUUGCUUUCCCUUAAGCCCCUGCCCUUCCCUUGCCAGUCUCUCUCUUUCUCACUCUUACAUGUACGGACAUAUUCGUUGACUAUCUCCCUAUAUUUAAUCAUUACCAUAGAAGCUGACACUCGUAUGCUUGGAUUGAUAUCCCUGUUAGUGUCUUCAAUUCCCACUCUGCCCUCCCUACUCCGAAGGAAUUACUUACCGGUGCACCUCUUCAUCGGAAUUGCAUUAAAGCUGUUCUAUUGUAUCCCUGUCUAAUAUCAUUCAGCCAUUGGUUCUGUGGAACUAGGUUUCUCGCACGGCAGGUUCGGCUGAGGUGAAUAAUGGAUGUAUGACUUGAUUGAGAUAUUCGACCAGUUAAGACAUUAUCUGCUAGGGUCUGCUGAGGGUCUGAUGCGGUUCUCGUAUGGUAUUCUAAGGUGAUGCAUGGUGCCCGCGACUGCACGUUUCUAGGUGUGCUGGGCCGGCCUUGUUGUGACACAUGAAAGAUUAUAUUGUUGUAGCCCAUCACUGUUCCUGCCUUGUGAAAGAGGGCUCGGCACAGUGAGACUUGUGAUGAGACGAUGAAUUUCUGAUCCGCUAUUGCUUGGUUGCAUAAGCGUUGGCAUGUGUUAAGGGAAGGAGCAGCUAGGGCCAAACUUAUUGUUCAUUGAAUUUGCCAGAAGGCGGAUUGUCUGUACGAUUCCAAACAUGAAGGAAUCGGGACGAAACAUCGUCAGUGUACUCUUAUACUCUUCUUUUCCAUGA